CUACUUGUUGGAGUUUUGAGCUCAUCAUAUUAACGAAACUGAAACAAUUUUCUUGUGAAAUACAGCUUUUCUGUUGGAACUACUAUUAUUACAUAUAAGGAAUAUAUAAUUAGAUGACAUCUUCUUCAACGUAUCCUAUAAUUAAAGGUAAGAUAAAUGUAUGUUGAAACAUUGUCAUAUGAUUUUUUUUUAAAGAUACAGUUUGUAUUUUUAAUUAUAUUAGAAUGACAAGCACCUAGAUUGGGGUAUUUAAAAAAGUACUGGUGGUAUGUCAUGCAGCAAUUAGAAUUUCUGGUUUAAAACAGAAAUCUUAAGGCUACAUUGAUCCAACAAGCCAUACUUUUGAUACUGUCCCUUUCCCUUUGUCUAGCAAUAUAAUGUAAAAAUCAUUUUGAAGAUAUAAAGGGAACUGUAAAAGCUACUGAUAAGAUAACAAAGUUUCAUUUCCAUUAUGGAUUUAGGUUUUCUCAAGUAUGUUUCAUUGCAAUCACUGGUGUAGGAAGAGGGUGGUGGUAGGCCCUGAGCUGCACUUUUUUGGUCAAAUGCAUAUACAAUAAAGCCAUGAGGGCAUUAUUUGGGCAUCAAAUGGUUUGAUAAAAAACUGUGAAAAAGUUGUUUUUUAAUAUUUUUUUAUAUACCUGUACCCUUAUACAUGUGUACAUGAAAUUUCAGGCACACUGAUCAGCACAGACAAUUACACAUGGAACACUGCAGAUUCACUUGGGAGGGGGGCUAGUGCUAUUGUUUACCUUGGAAGACAUAAG